UUAUACCUGCCCCUGGAAAUUUCCAUUACAUGCAUCCGACGAAAUGGGCAUUCACCCACGAAAGCUUAUGCUCCAAUACAUCUGUUAGUCUUAAAGGUGCCACAGGACUCUCUGUUGCUUAGCACAUAUAUAGUUUCCCUUUCAGGCCUGGGAGUUGCUCCUUAGGAUAGUUUGCAUGUUGGAGAUUGUAUAUGCAUUUUUAAAACAUGCACUACAGUCCUUCAGGAAUAUUAAAUGAAGGAUCCAGUCUACCUUUACAUGAAUAGUCCCUUUUGAUUAAUGCAUGAGUUGCAGUCAGACCCUAAAACUCUGUCCUUUUCUGUUGCUGCCAUCCUCAUCCAUUAGAUAGCAAUUGAAAUAUUUAAAUAACUUUGCUUUUUCAUUAAAGUGGAAUGGCAUUUACUACUGAUUUUAAAUCAAUAAAUGCAGUAAAUACAGUGUCAUGUGACCUAAAAAUCUUAAUUUUAAAGAACUGAAUAUUUUUAAUGAAUAGACCAUUUCUCUUUUCAAAAGACAAAAAAAGCCUGUCUUUUGUUUGCAGUUGGUUGGCAUCCCUGCUGGAAAGAGAGCCUUUAAAUGCGUUUCCGACUACUUUGGUGAUGUUUAUAAAAAGCCAACAAACUGAGUUUGGAAACUUCUUUUUUAAAAAGAUUGAUUAGUAAAGGGAUUUGAAGUUCAGUUUUACAUUUGGGUAGAGUUCUUACAGUGUUUCUCCUUUUUAGCUAAAGACACGUCUAAUAAGAAAGAAACAGCAAAUGAGGGUGAGGCGGGAAAAGCCGAGAUGAUAGUGCGUCGAAGAGGAAGAAAGCCCAGAUGCUCUGUGAUUCCAUCAGAGGAAACUGAAAUACUGGAGCCGGAAAGAAAACGUCGGAAGUUGGCAUCUGCUGCUGAAGAGGAAACGAAAGAACAGGAGGAGGAAGAUGAUGAAGAUGAUGAUGAUGAAGAUGAUGAAACACAUUCUGGAGCCACAACUAGAUCAGCCACGAGAUUAGAGGCUCAAAAAAAGCAGCCAAGCAAACCAACCACCCGUGCAGCUUCUAAAGGCAACAGCCCAAGUCCAGUUUCUCCUAAAAAACAGCAAAAUUCAGCAGCAAAGAAGAGGUCGCCUAGUGAGGCAAAAGUUAGCAAGUCUCCUCCAUUGGCACAGUUAAAGAUACAGACUAGCAAGCGUAAAAGGGAAACCAGCCCACCAGCGGUACGCAGAAAAGGCCAGCUGAAAGUGGACGAAACGCCAUUAAAGAAAACAAAGCGAUAAUUGUUACCAUCUGAUAAUAUUCAUGGAAAAGUUGAAAGAAAAGAGAGUGGUCUCUGCUUCUGUUUUGUUGUGUUAAAGCAAAGGGAUUUGCAUGUGCUUGUUUCUGAGCUCUAAGUUAAUAGAUGCAGAACUUAAGUUACAUUUUAAACAGUUUUAUAAACUAUUGUUUAUACAGAAUAUUAUACAGAUUAAAAAAUAAGUUUACUUUGUAUCUGAAAGAAAAACAAAAUAAUUACAGAUUUUAACACUGACUCAGAAAGUUGGGAUUUCCCAAUGUGACAUGCUAAUACAGAUGCUUCCACUCCACCAGGCACUAAGGGCCUACUAAUAUUCUUUGUAUAUAAACUUGUAAAAAUAGGUUGUAUUUUACUGUGUAUGAAUCUAAUCAAUGAUGAACACUUUAUUUAUUGUAUGGAGAGGACUGGUCUGUAAACUUUAGUAUAUACCUUAGGUUUUAUUAAUGAUAUUUUAAAUUCUAUGCAGCCAUCAGUAGAAAUCUUCUUUUUAGGGCUGUCUAAAACCCGAAGUUCUCUGAAAUAUGCUCAGACAGUUGGUAAAGUAUUCUCUCGCAUGUAUUAAAGUAGAUUAGCAUAGUAAAGGGGACUCUCUCUUCCUUUUCUGUUCACAUUCAUAACUAUGUAUAAAAUAGGCAGUGUCCUCUUUCCAGAUUAACUUGUCAUCUCUGAAUUUUGUACCAACCUCAAAGUAGUAAAAGGCUAGUAGUAGUUUAGCUUUACUCAGACCAUUUCAGCCAAAACUACUCUGAAGUACAACAUUUUAUUUCACAACUUAACUGUUCUUUCAGUGUUUGUCUUUCAAUGAAGAGGGACCCAUAGAAGUGAUAUUUAACUUCAAAUAACUAUGGAGCUUCAGCAUUUUAUGUUACGUUUUAUACACAGGUAUUAAAAAAGUAGAACUUGGUAUUAUUGCCAGAAUCUUUUUUUAAUGUAUAUUAACUCCCGUAAGAGCAAAUGUUCAAGUUAAGUUUUACAUAGUUAAGCUUUUCUUAAGAUCAAAUUUGUCUCUUGCAAUGAUAUGAUGAGUUGCCAAAUAAUCCGAGAUUAUUUUAAAAUGUUUUGUUCAUAUUCUUGUUUUAUAAUUAAAAUUAGCAUUCUGUUUUGUUUUUGUUUUUUUACUCAUUAUUGUAAGGCGCAUAUUUCUGUCAGAUAUUCUACUUGAUUUCUUACUGAGAUUUUAUAUAUAAAUUAUAAAAUGUUUCCCAAAA